AUGUCUUCCAAUGGAGAAGUCGCUUGCACUUACGCCGCCUUGAUUCUUCACGACGACGGAAUUCCCAUCACUGCUGAAAAGAUUUUAACUCUGGUAAAGAAAGCCAAUGUCCAAUGUGAGUCUUACUGGCCUAGCCUCUUCGCUAAGUUUGUUGAGAGGAAGAACGUUGAAGACUUGAUCACCAACGUUGGUGCUACUGGUGGUGCUGCCGUUGCUGUCUCUGCUUCGACAGGUGGUGCAACAGCUGUUGAAGCUCCUGCUGCCGAAGAGAAGAAGAAGAAGGAAGAGAAAGAAGAGAGUGAUGACGAAGAUAUGGACUUGUUCAGUAUCUUCGACUAGAGCGCACAUUGUUUCUUGGAAGCUGCUUGAUGCUUUCUUUAGUUUAUUUUGUUUGGUUAUGACGUUGUUAAGCUUAUUAUUGUUUUGUUUAUAAACACAGCAGUGGCAGUUUUUUAUUCGUAAUAAUCUACACGUUCCUCUUUCGCUAGCAAUACAGAUUACAAUCAAACUACAGAU